GUAGGCGUUUAGCUGCCGCCUGACGCCAAGGGUCAGGGGUGUGCCGGGCAGCAAGUAGAAACACUCGCUUUAAACAUAAUCUUCAUAAAUUUUUGCCUUUCACUUCUUUGUACCAAGUUUUUAUUUGUGUUUUUGUACGUGUUAAAAUUUAUUUCUUGCGCUUUUAACUAAACCGACCAAUAUAAAAGAACAUCCAAGAUGAUUGACACAGUGAGUGGCGCAGAAGCUCUGCCCUUUGCACUCCAGCUGAAAGCUCUUCUGGAGCAGGAGGUCCGGUGUCAGCCUAAACUGUGUGGCCUCCGCGUCCUGGAGUCGGCACACGACAACGGCAUGAGGAUGACUGUGAAGAUGAGGGAUUUCGAGAUGAAAGAUCUGCUCUCUCUGACUCGCUUCUUUGGGUUCAGUGCUGAGACGUUCUCCCUCGCCGUGAGCCUCCUGGAUCGCUUUCUGUCUCUGAUGAAGAUCCAGCCCAAACAUCUGUCCUGUGUCGGCCUUUGCUGCUUCUACAUUGCCGUGAAGACCUCUGAAGAGGAGAAGAAUGUUCCUCUGGCUAACGAUCUGAUCCGAAUCAGCCAGAACCGCUUCACUGUUUCGGACAUGAUGAGGAUGGAGAAGAUCAUUCUGGAAAAACUCUACUGGAAGGUUAAAGCUCCUACUGCACUGCAUUUCCUCCGAUUGUUUCACAGCCACAUCCAGGAGAAAAUGGACGAUGAAGGUAAAAAGAUUCUGAACAUUGAGAGGCUGGAGGCUCAGCUGAAGGCCUGCCACUGCUCCUUUGCCUUCACAAAACUAAGGCCUUCAUUGGUUGCGCUGGCUCUGCUGGCCCUCGAGGUUGAGGAGCAGCACGAAUCAGAGUCCGUAGAAGCUCUGAGAGACGCAGUGAAGGAUCUUCAGCACCAACUGACUAUUAAAGAUGGGGAUUUGGUGUGUGUGAGGGAGCUCGUUUCCAAGUGCCUGAUUGAAUACUCUGCCACCAAGUGUUGGAAGCCCAACAGCCAGAGACUGCGCUGGAUCAUCUCAGGCCGAACAGCACGACAGCUGAAGCACAGCUACUACAAGAUUGCUCACCUACCCACAAUCCCUGAAUCUGCCUACUAAAACCUGCAGUGUGAUAGGUCUUUCUUUUUUUUUUUUUUUUUUUUUUUUUAAAAUCUCUUAUGGAAUGUAGUGAUGUGUUUUGAUGUUGGCUUCUGUACAGAACUUCUGUACUGAGAGUGAAGCUCUGUAAGGAAACCAACUUUUGUGGCUUUUUUUUUUUUUUUUUUUUUUGUAUAAGCAUGCAAGUAUUCGUUUGACUUUGGAAGAUCCUAGUCGAGUGUUUGAUGGCCGUCAGCCAGAGGGUUGUACCACCCUGGUUUGACCGGCUCGAGUGUGUGUACUCAGCACGCUCAUUUGAAUCGGCGCCUGAUUGCGCUGGUUGUUUAAAGCAGUUGAAAGUAUUGAACCGCCUAGGUCCUCAGUCCACCAUGUGGAAGAGGAGGGAGAAGGGUUUUGUGAAAAGGUGUACAUCAAAGGAACCAAGAAAUCGGGCCCAAAGCCCUUAACUCCCACCCUAGGUUGUUACUGUCCUCUAGCACACUCCUGCCCAAGGUGAUUAUAUGAUGUUCCUUUUCUUUUGUUAACUGCUCGUCUGUUCUUUUCAGGAGUGGUUCUCUAACAUGACGUGUCGCUGAACAUUAACACGACUGACCUUAACAGACUUUGCUUUUGUAGGUCAGGGUUUAAAAUUCAACUUUACACAGGGUCUAAUUGCUUAAAUUGAUAAUUAGGACAAAAAUAGUUUUCAUUUUGGUUCUGCAGAUCAAAGCAAAGUUUUUUUUUUUUUUUUUUUUUUUUUUUCCCCCUCAGGUACUACUGAAGAAAGACAUGAGUUGCUUGAGUAAAUGUGUAAUUUGAUUUGACUAAAUUAAUGAUUUGUACCCUGAAAGUGAACCUUUCAAUAAAACACUUAUUGAAAUGCUAA